AGGUACCCGAAAACUCACUUUUCACUCCUCGUCACUACGAUUCGCAGGGGUCUCCGACUCUGACUCGCCGAGAACUCGUUCGCCCAUGGCGAGACCACCGUCGACCACAACCAAGCCUCUCCUUCUCUCUCUAAUCUUACUCUCUCUCCUCCUCCUCCUCCCUCUCUCCUCAUCCCAAUCAUCGCACUUCCGCUCCUCCAAACGAACCCCUCCUCGCUUCCCCACCAGAUUCUCACGCCCCAAUAAACCCCAAUUGACAACAAAACAACGAACACAACAGCAACAGCAGGAAUACAGGUACGAGACCCGGUAUUUCGAGCAGAGUCUCGACCACUUCAGCUUCUCCGAUGAUCUCCCGACGUUCCGGCAGCGGUACCUCAUUAAUACGGAGCAUUGGGUGGGUCCCACUCUCAUGGGACCCAUCUUUCUCUACUGCGGGAACGAGGGGGAGAUUGUGUGGUUCGCGGAGAACACCGGGCUUGUUUGGGAACUCGCCCCUCGGUUCGGCGCCAUGGUCAUCUUCCCUGAACAUCGAUACUACGGCGAGUCAGUGCCCUAUGGAAGUCUAGAUGAAGCAUAUAAGAAUGCUACUACUUUAUCACAUCUCACAACCGAGCAAGCAAUUGCUGAUUUCGCGGUGUUGAUUACAAACCUGAAACAAAACUUGUCGGCUCAGGCUUGCCCUGUUGUGUUAUUUGGCGGAUCAUAUGGUGGAAUGUUGGCGGCAUGGAUGCGUCUCAAAUAUCCUCACAUUGCAAUUGGUGCACUUGCUUCUUCAGCACCCAUCCUUCAAUUUGAAGAUAUUGUGCCACCAGAAACGUUUUAUGACAUUGUCUCCAAUAGUUUCCGACAUGAAAGUACUAGCUGCUUCAACACCAUAAAAGAGUCAUGGGAUGCACUAGAAUCUGAGGGUUCAAAAAAUGAUGGACUUAUGCAACUGACUAAGACUUUCCACUUCUGCCAGAAACUGGAAAGAGUAGAUGACCUUUAUAAUUGGUUGGACUCUGCUUAUAGUUAUUUAGCAAUGGUUAACUAUCCAUAUCCGGCCAAUUUUAUGAUGCCUUUGCCAGGAAAUCCCAUAAAAGAGGUUUGCAGAAAAAUUGACAACUGCCCUGAAGGGACUAGUGUUCUAGAGCGGAUAUUUGAAGGAGUAAAUGUAUAUUACAAUUACACCGGAGAAUAUGACUGCUUUCAGCUGGAUGAUGACCCUCAUGGCUUGGAUGGAUGGAACUGGCAGGCAUGCACUGAGAUGGUUAUGCCAAUGUCUACCAGCCAGGAUACUAGUAUGUAUCCAGCUUCUGAUUUUAAUUACACUUACUAUAAAGAGGACUGCUGGAACAGUUUCCGCGUCAAACCACGGCCUAAGUGGAUAACCACAGAAUUUGGUGGACAUGAUUUUAAGACAGCCUUGAAAAUGUUUGGAAGUAACAUCAUCUUUGCAAAUGGCCUAUUGGAUCCUUGGAGUGGCGGCGGUGUUUUGGAAGAUGUAUCUGAAAGUAUAGUCUCUCUCGUGACUGAAAAAGGUGCCCAUCACUUAGAUCUGCGAGCAGCGACUGCCGAGGAUCCUGACUGGUUACUGGAGCAGCGGACAUCUGAAAUCAAGCUGAUUGAAGGCUGGCUUCAUGACUACUAUCAGGAAAAGAAGGCAGUUUUUGCUUCGUAACUGUUGCCCCAACUUCUUGUUAUUCUAGCACCUCAUGCACAUAUAGCAGCAAUUGGCGAAACCCUUGUCUGAAUUCUCAGAAAACUGAUUUCAAACUCAAGUUCUGCUGAAAUUUCUUCAAGGCCACGUACUAACUUCAACUGCCUUGCAUUGGCUUUGGUUGCAAUUUCAAGGCUCUUAUUGUUGUAAAUAAAAAUUCCCUUGUAAAAUAAAAAUUUUCUUGCAUUC